UCUAAAAAAUUCAAAUCUGACUAAGGUUGAACUCAUAAUAUUGUAAGCAACAAGGUUGCCCUGUGCCUAACGUUCCUAGUCAAUGUACCUAGUUAUUGUACCUGGCAACCCGCAUUUCUACAGAAGCCAUGGCUACAACAUAAACAUAUGAAUAUAGAGGAUAAAACAUUACACAAUUGAUUCAUUAGUGGGACUUUUGGUGUAUUUUUCUCCCUUGGAGCACUUUACCAACAUUAUCCAUGCAACCUAUAUGUACAUGUAUUAUAUUUGAUUAAUUAUUUGUAUUAUUUGAACCCUGGGGCAACAUACAGAUUGCUAUCUCUUUCCUAUUAUUAAAUAAUACACUCCUUAUGGAUAUUAACUGAGUGACAAAUAACUUGAAUAAUCUCUAUUAACCUUUUUCAACUGUGGCUAUUUUAAAAUAUGGAGUACCUUCAUUGAUUAGAUAAGGAUAAUUCAGAUUUGGAAUUAAUAAACAAUGGGAUAUUUAGUUAAAUGGAGGAUAUUUAUUUUAUUGGUUUUUGCCAUUGGAUUUCUCGGAAAUACAAAUGGAAUGCCUGUGAAAGAAUGCUCCAGGUUCGGGGAGUUUAUUCGCAAUAGGUUUGAUGACUGCAGCAUAUAUCGCUGUAUCCCCCAUCCAGUCGCCUUCCUUGCUUUCACUAGUUUCAUUCCUGAUAGGGUCCCCUGUGAGCAGGGUUCUGGGGUGCCAUCUAGCUUUACCAGUGACAUGAUCAACCCAUGUACACAAGAGGUGACAUCAUGUGGGGAACCUAUUAUACCAGAGGAGGUUGAUGUCCCAGAUCAUAGCCUGGAGACACCUGUGUAUUACCCCACAAUUAAAGAGAUUCAGGAAGUUGAAGAAAUGGCCCCUCGGGAACCAGCCCCAGCCCCAGAACCUGCAUAUGAGCCCCCGCAGCCUAAGCCUCGCCCUUUGUUUAACAUUCCUCCUGCCCCAAUAACCCCACCCCCUGCCCCAAUAACCCCACCCCCUGCUCCAAUGACCCCACCCCC